AUGGGCAACAUUGUGGUUUUGGCGGGGGACUUCAACCGCCACGACCUCCUCUGGGGCGGAGAUGAAGUGUCAGCGAGCAGACAAGGGGAGGGCCAGCCCAUCAUUGACCUGAUGGACGACUUUGGUCUUAGCAGCCUUCUCCCGAGAGGAACGAAAACGUGGCAAAGGUCGGACGAGGAGAGCACCAUCGACUUGACGCAGGCGGAUCAGCUCAUGCGGGUGGUCACCAAGGCGCUUCGAGAUCUGACUCCUCGAGCCCAGCCGCCGUCAUACGCGAAGCGAUGGUGGACAAAGGACCUGACGCGACUCCGUCGGACGUACACGUAUUGGCGCAAUCAAGCAAGGGCGCAGCGAAGAGCCGGUCAAUCGCGUCCGGAUCUGGAGCAGCGCGCCAAGGAGGCUGCGAAGGAGUACCACGACAAUUUGCGGAGACAAAAGAAGGCCCAUUGGGAUGACUUCGUCAUCGAAGGGAGCAACAUCUGGAGGGCUGCCAACAAGGGCGAGCAAGCCGAGGAACUCCUGAGCACCUUCUUUCCGCCUCUGCCAACGAGGAUCGAGCCGGAGGGUGAACGUCCGCAGAGAGAAGAAAUAGCCAUGCCAGACCUCACCUUGCAAGAGAUUGAGGAGAAGGUGAUGGCGGCGAAGCCCUGGAAAGCGCCUGGUGAGGAUGGCCUUCCUGCGAUCGUGUGGAAGAAGCUCUGGCACGUGGUCAAGCACCGGAUCAUCCCUCUGAGGAAACCAGAUAAAGGAGACUACACCCUGGCCAAGGCGUGGCGACCGAUUUCUCUCCUGUCGACGCUUGGCAAGAUUCUGGAGGCAGUCGUCGCGGAACGUAUCAGCUAUGCAGUCGAGGCUCAAGGGCUUUUGCCCGCGAACCACUUUGGUGCACGGAAGCGCAGGUCCGCAGAUCAAGCACUCGUGCUUCUGCAGGAGCGAAUCUACAAGGCCUGGAGAACGGGCAGAGUGCUCAGCCUCAUCAGCUUUGACGUCAAAGCCCGAGGCAUCCCGAACCUGGUGCAAAGACGGAUCAGUAAUAACGGUGGCUCCAUCGCCUUCGUGGACGAUUACUCUGCCUGGGUCACGGGGCCAACGGCAGAGUCAAACAGAGAUGGUAUCCAGUCGAUUAUCGAUGAUGCGCUUGAUUGGGAGAAGCGCAGCGGAAACGAUGUCAAGCCGAAGAGCAACGUGAAGCUGUUGGGAGUCAUCAUGGACAAAGCGCUUCGCUUCAAGGAACACAUCGCCAGAGCGGCCGCCAAGGGGCUGGCCGCGGCCAUGUGUUUGAAACGACUGAAGAUGGCUUCGCCACGGAUGGCGAGGCAACUGGCCCAGCGAAUCGGAGCCCAGGCUGUCACGGGAGGCUUCCGCACGGUGGCAACGGCAGUGGCCGAGGCCGAGGCCGGCGUGCAAUCGUUCCGAGAACGGCAUGCUCAAGCGGCAGCGAAAUUCUGGAUAAGGAUGCGGACGCUCCCGAAGACGCAUCCUCUGACAUCGUUGAGGCUCAAACUGAACAGGAGGUAUGCGUCGCCAAUGCAGAAGCUCGCCUCGGCGAUGGGAAGAAUAGAUACCAAGCGCCUGGAAGUCAUCCACGAGUUCGCACUGGCGCCGUGGGACGAACGAGUGCAGGCAACGGAUGAGACAGACCGAGUGGAGGUGCUGAAGUCGGAUGACCCGGAGGACAUCACUAUUGCGACGUCCAGCUCGCAAAGGAAAGGCAAGGUCGGGUUGGGAGGCGUCGUUCGGGAUGCUUCCGCGACAGCGUAG